GACCACACGUUUACUCGUUACUUACUUACUCGUCUUUCUUUCUUUAUUUGUUUACGUUUUUGCUUUUUGUUAUAAAUAAAUACAAUUUUUUUUAAUGGUCUACUUUAUUUAACUCUACGCCCAUCUGUAAGGAAUUCAGAGCACAAACAACAUGGAAAAGGACAUAAAAACCGUGCUGGACAUUCUACACCUAGCAAAAUCUGUGAUAGAUCUAUGCGAAAAGGACAAACGACGAAGGAGGCAGCAACAGACUGCCUUUAAAUGUCCUCUGAGAGAGCUGCUCCUUGGCGACGAGGAGACUUUCCGGGCCUUUCACAGUAUGUCCACUCUCUCCUUCCGCAAACUGUUGCGCAUCCUACGAGCCCGGCUGGAGCGUCAGGAUUCCCAGAUCACAGGCUCCGUGCCCGCCGAGGUGCGCAUGCAUAUGACAUUUCGUUUUCUGGCCACUGGCGAAUCAUUCGCAACUCUGGCCGGCAUUUUCCAGCUGCCCAAAAAGAGAAUCAAGGACAUUGUGGCGGAAACACUAAGUUCCAUCGUUAAGCGACUGAAGAGAACGUUUCUGGAGAUUCCCAGAACCGAGGAGCAGUGGCUGAGCAUUGCCAGAGACUUUCAGGAGAUGUGGAACUUUCCCCAUUGCCUCGGGGCUGUUGAUGGUCAUCACAUAGCUUUCCGUUCCAAGACCAUAACAGAUGCUAGCUAUUCCAAUUACAGGCAGUUCAAAAGCAUCAUCAUGUUGGCCCUGGUGGACGCUCAGCACCGGUUCCUGUACGUUGAUGCCAGCUGCAAGGGCGGAGCGGAGGACGCCUUCACCGACAGCCCACUGUUCGAUGCUAUGGAGAGCAACUGGCUAAAUAUUCCGCCAGAGAGCAACUUACCGGGCCUGGAGGAGGAACUACCUCAUGUGAUACUUGCCGAUCAGGGUUUCCAUUUGCAGCCGUGGCUUAUGAAGCCUUACGAGACCAGUGAAGCCCAGACUAUGGUCAAAAAGGUGUUCAACUAUCGUCUUAACCGCGCUCAUCGGGUGGUGGGAAAUGCGCUUGGCAUCAUGAGCAACAGAUUUCGAGCUAUUCAAACCGAACUUGAGCUGGAGGAGGUGUCACAGAUAACGAAUCUUGUUAAAGCCACCAGUAUUCUGCACAAUUUCCUGAUAAGCGAGGAGCGGGAGGAGUAUCUGCACGGCCUAGAAACGGAGGAUAUAGACUUUAUGGCUCUCAUCCCGGGCGAUUGGCGUGCUAAUAAUUUUCUUAUGGGUCUUGCCCCCCUAUCCGAUCGACUGGAUGACUGCGAAAAUGUGGCCCGCUCGGUCAGAGAUGGCUUCACCACCUACUUUAGCUCCACGGGAGCCGUGCCUUGAUUAAGAAAGUUCUUAAUUUUAGAUCAAUCUUGCCAAUAAACUCUGAGAAGAAAUUAUUUUGAAAAUUAUAAGAAUAAGUAAAUAUAAAAAUAAAUAAUAUUAAAACUGCU